GCCUCGACGCGCCCCUCACCUCGCUCGCCCUCGCCAAGCCCGCCCUCUACGAGGCGGACUCCGAGCACCCGCUGCCGCCCUCUCCACACCAAGGCCCUGCCCAGCCUCCGAUGCGGCACAGGAUCCUCCUCGAGCCCGAGCACUUGGCGGAGAGGGUCGGGGACGCGCUCCGCCAGAUGGACACGCAGUACGAGAUUGGGGCGCGGCCGGCUAGCGGCGAGACGCUCUCCCUCUCCGCGCGCUGCGGCGACGUGGCGAUGCGCGUACUUGUCUCCGAGGAGGCGGACGGCCACUUCUCCAUCUCGUGCUGCCGCCUGUCGGGCGACACGUUCGCGUACCACGCACUCUUCCGCAAGCUCAAGGCGGCGCUGGGCGAGGCGCGCCGCAAACUAGCGCUGACGCAGCACUCUCUCACGCAGCGCGCCUUCGUCACGCCGCCCUCUGGCCGCGGGGCGCUUCCCCUCGCCCGCGGACCGCUCGCCCUCACCGCGGCGUCUUCAUGACGGGAGGACCGCUCGAGGACCGCUCGAGGACCGCUCGAGCAGUCUGGCCCGUCGAGAGCCGCAGGGGCAGGGGCAGGGGGAGGGGGAGGGGCAGGGCAGGCUCGCUUGCAUACUCUUAGAGACGAGGGCUGCCUGGCUGCGCGCGACGAGGCCGCACGUUUGCGACCACUGCGAGCGUGCGCGGCGCUUCUCGCACGGCUUGGGUAGCCCAACACCAUGUACGGGAGAGCGCGCCAUCAUAGCCUCCGCGCGCUCACGGGAUUGUCGAUAGCUGUCUGUGUCAUGAGGGUCGUGUGGAGCUAUUGGAGCGCUUGUGCGCGGUGAUGUCCGAGCCGCGGCUGGAGCAGCCAGCGGAGCUCAGCGCCACACCACCGCAGCGCGGUGCACAUACCUCAACCAUACGCCCCCAGAUUGCCCACUCAGGCGUGUUUAGGCAUGUUUGAUUCAAGUACAGCGAAUCGUGUCUG